GGUAGUUUGACCCAUUCGACAUCCAGCCAACCCCAUAGAACCUUAGAAAUAAAGCUGCUGAAGCUGUUAUAUGAAGACAAGUAUCGCUAAUUGCACUCUAUUCUAUUUCAGAUCACUAAACGGUCAAGUUGUCAAUCUGUUCUCACCCACCAUGUGACAAAGCAGUUAAAUCAGAGCUAAGCUACAACAUGAGACGAGACCUUUUGUAAUCUGAACUGAACACAAGUGCAGGGUCUUGCUUUGAGAUAAGGAACAUGGGAGGAAGCAACUUCAUGGCUUUCCACAAAGGCCCUUUGGGUGAAGUGAACGUCACCGUGCGGGCCGUGCGGAGCAAGAUGGCAGGCUGCCCGUCGGACCACGUGGAUUGCGGCAACCAGACAUGCGUGCCACAGUCAAAGCGCCAUGGUCAAAACCCAACUGCUUAGGUGUGCUGGCAACACAAGAGGCGGCUCUUGGAAGGAAAGGGCGCGGAAAGGAUGGUAAAGGAGGUCCAAAGCCUGACGAUGUCAACAAGAUGCUGAGUGUACCUUCUUCCCUCAUUGGAGCGAUCAUUGGCCGUGGUGGGGAGACCAUUAAGCGCUUCUGCACUGAGAGUGGUGCAAGAAUAGAGGUGUCCAAAGAUCAAAUUGACACCGCACAAGAAAGGGUGAUCUUCCUGUCUGGAGCAAAAGAAAAUGUGGAUCGAGCUGAAGCGAUGAUCAUGGACUUUAUCCGUGAGAGGGUGGCAAACAGAGCCAGAAACAGCGGAAAGGGCCAGGGUGACGGCCGUCGAGGACAAAGUGGACGUGGCAAAGCCGGCAAAAAGGGCAAAGCUUCGCCAGGUCUGGACAGAUUGGAGCCGAUGUCGAUUCCUCUUGGAUCAACUUUCAGCGUGUAAAUCCAGAACAA